AUGCUCAACAACAAUGGAAACCUCUUUCGAUUCUCUGGGCUCUUAAUUCAGCUCCAACCGUAUUUGCAGCGCCACAAACCCUCAGUCAUAGUUAUAAGCGGUCCGAGUGGCGUAGGCAAAGACGCAGUGAUCAAAAGGCUACGGGAAGAAGCAGAUGUCAAAGGAAGAGCUUUUAUCAAUGUCCAUACUCACCUAGAAACACACCACAGGAAAACAUCUCAGAAAGGAAAUCUCAGAGGUAGUUUUCACAAUCAGCAAAUUAGAGAUAUUUUGAGACAUGGAGAAAACCAUCCGGUUCUUCAAAAGCUAGGCAUAGAGAUUUUAACGAAUCUGGCAUUGGAAGAGGAAGCCACCGAGAGGAUCGGUGGUGCAGGCGGAGUACUCAAGGAGUUUUUCAACAUCUUCCUCAAGCAGGGGUUGCCGGAGCACCAGAAUCACGUGAGACGCGCCGCAGGAGAAGCACUUGCCAUGUUGUCCUUAGAAAGUAGAGCUAAUUGCCACCGCAUAUUGAGACUGCAAGUGCUCGAAAAACUUGUUGCAGCAUUGGAGGUCCCGUUACUUCGUGUCAAUGCUGCAAGAAUUCUAAGACACUUGUGCACCUACAGCGGAUCAGAUUGCUUCUACGGGCUAAAGGGUGUCAUAGAAGCAGCACCAACUGUGCUCAAGGCAAUUAUGUCAAAAGAGAACAAGUUGCAGGAAGUAAUGGUUGGACUAGCAGCACAAGUCUUCAAACGCAUGACUUCAACGGAAUCAAGCAUCAUGUUCGAGAGAGCUGGAAUGAAAGAGGACGAACUAGCGAGAGCAUUGGUCCGGAUUCUCGACAAGUACAAGCAUCCGUGGGCGAAGAUCCCGAGAAUAAGGCAGUUCGCCGUAGAGUUGGCAAUUUGGAUGAUGCAUGAGAAUGUUAAGAAUGUGUACAUUUUAAAGGAUCUGGGGAUGGAGAAAUAGCUUGAAAGUGUGCUAGACACCACAGCAGAGCUGGAGAGUUUCAACAUUUUCUCCGCCACUGUUGGGCUUAGCCGGCACACCACAACAAUUCACUCACUCGUUGAAACCGCAUUGAACCUGCUCAAGGGUGGCUAAAUUUUACAAAAUAAAGCACUCCUAUUAUUCAAAUUCAGGAGUAUAUAUAUAUAUACAU